AUGACGUUCCGCGGCCACCUCAACGCGGGGCCCCUCAUGGAGCUGAUAGAGGAUACCCACCCGCUCGGACGCAAGCGCGAGCUCGCCGGAAUCACCCCGGACACCCACAGGGCGGAGUACGACUUUCUCGUGGGCGAGCCAGGGGCGCCCUCCGCACCCGACGCCCCCGGGGCGCUCGCGCUGCCGAAGCAGCAGCCGUUCAAGGUUGGAUGGAAGGGAAAGGCGCGCGCGGAGGAGCCCGCGAAGGACAGGUUCGAGAAGAUCGAACAACGCUUCCAGAAACGUGAGGCGUUCUUGCCCAUCCGGCGCGAGUACAUCCGCGACAACAACGACAAGACGGGCCUGCACCCAAUCACCGGCGAGGUCGUCGACGCGAACAAGCACGUGAAGUGCAACGGGCGCGACAUCGACCCGGACGUCAGGAGCAGAGGGCCGCGGCACCUGCCGGAGCGAACGCCCGCGAUGUCGGCGUUCGACGAGCGAAGGGCACUCAGGGCGGAGACCCGACGGCCCAUCCGCGAGGAUUUCAUACUAAAGGAGGGUCUCGCCAACGCGCCCCCCGACCGGUUGAGCGCGAGGGAUAACUUCGUCCCGCCGUCGUCGAGGCUGCCGGACGGGCGAUGGGCGACGGGCCACGAGCUCGUGGACGUGGGCGGGGACGCACGGAGGAGCCCGCCGAAGAUUUACACGCCCUACGCGCUGGACGAGGAGGAGUGA